CGGCUCCAGCAGCGCGGGGGGGAGGAGGAAGGAGGGACUGUAUCGGUGGGAUGGUCCGGAAAUCCCGUGAUAAAAAGAGGGGCGCGGGGGGGAAAAGUAGGGAGAAGGUUCGGGCUCGUCCUCUCCCCCGUGCCCCGGCACCCCGCAACUUCCCCGACAGCCGCACAUGGGCCGCCGGAGCCGCUAGCGGCGGAGCAGCGCGGCGCGGAGGGGAGCGGAGCGGAGGGGAGCGGAGCGGCCUCCCCGCAGCACCUGCUGCCGCCCGCACCGGGGCCGCCGGCCCCAGCGCAGCCCCCGCCGCCGGCAGGCUCCUCUCCAGGGACGGGAAUCCUGCUCUCCUUGCGUGCGAGUUGUGAAACUGGGCAGCAACCCCUAAGCCAUCGCCAUGGAUUUUGUUAUGAAACAAGCUUUAGGAGGGGCUACCAAAGACAUGGGGAAGAUGCUGGGUGGGGAUGAGGAGAAAGACCCAGAUGCUGCCAAGAAAGAAGAGGAACGACAAGAAGCCCUCAGGCAAGAAGAAGAGGAAAGGAAAGCCAAAUAUGCCAAAAUGGAAGCUGAAAGAGAAGUUAUGAGACAAGGGAUUCGAGACAAGUACGGGAUAAAGAAGAAGGAAGAGAGAGAAGCAGAGGCUCAGGCUGCACUGGAAGCUAAUGCCGAAGGGAGUCUGACUCGCCCAAAGAAGGCGAUCCCCCCUGGCUGUGGCGAGGAGGAGGAAGAGGAGGAGGAGAGCAUUCUGGACACAGUCAUCAAAUACCUACCAGGGCCCCUGCAGGACAUGUUCAAGAAGUAAUCACUGCAGAUUGUCAGACUGGCACAAACAGUACCGCAACGAAUUUCUCGUUUGCCCAAUGGGGAUAUACAACCUUGCCAUCCAUCACGCAGCCCUCCCCACCUCUGCCUUCUGCCGCUCACUAGGACGUCCCUCCGCUUCCCAUGCCCCUCCAGCUGCCUCUCUCCCUUCCCUCCACCCAAGACUCAUCCAGUACCUUUUUUGUAAAUAGUCACAUCCAGUAGACGCCUCUGAAUGGAUGUAAGGAUUAUAAAGCUGCAAUCUACACAACUUUUAUUAUAAGCCAUAGUACUAUGUAUGUUAAAUAAGCAACUGUACAUUAAGCAGAAAAAAGGAACAGCCUCACAUGUGUUUCCAUCCAAAGCAGGAAGGAGUGUUCACUAAGAGUGAACAGUGGCCUCUUUAAUUUUCCUUAAUUAUAUUUUUAUUAUUAAUAUUGAUAAUAAUUAUUAGUUAUUAUUAUUAAUGUUCUUGUUGAUUGGGCCACCCUAGUCAUGUGCUGUUGAGCACAUCUCCCCUUAGAAGAGAUGUCUCAGUUCUCCCAUGGAAACAGAGCUUUUUCAUUUUAAUUCCAUUACUGGCAUAACUAAGAGAUCAUUUGGGAGCUAAACCAUACAUGACUUCUGUCUCUGAUGUCACUGAGAGCUGUGAAAGAGCUGAGUCAUCUGCCCUCAGUUGCUGGUAGAAGUUAAAUGCCUCAGAAUCUAAGCAAGAGUCAUAUUGCUUUGGGAAUUAGCCAUACCCUUAACUUGAAAGAGCAGAUUUGGGUCUGACGGCUGCCAUCCUGAGAGCAGGAGCCAUGGUGGGUGUGUGGUGCUCUGGUAGAGCACUUACCUGUCCCUUCGAAGACAACAACCCAGCAGCCCUUUGGCACGGCUAGCUGCUCUCAGUAGCCAGCCAGCCUUCCUCUUUCUGCCCAAUGCCAUAUUCAGCAAUGCCAUUCCCAGCGGUGCUUGUAGGAGAGACAUCUGGGCUCCUGCAUACUGUUGCUGCUGCGUCCUGCUCCUCUGUGCUCCUGCAGUGUGUGGGCAAGAUGGGUGGGCUGAGAGUUGGACAUGGCCCUGGAGAUGGAGAACUCCUGAGUUCACCUUCUCUUUCUCAUGGUAAAUUCCUCCGGUGCCUUGGGGAGGUUAAUUAUUUUUCUGUCUCAGUUUCUCCAGCUGUAAAAUAUAGGUGUUAAUCCAUGUCUACUGUAAAAGGAUAAUGUGAGGGUGAAUUACAAAAUGCUUCUGUAGUGCUGUACAGGAGCUAAGUAAUACUAUAAGAGUUUGUGGCAUCCCUCAAUACUGGUAAGCCAGGAGGAAAUCGCACUCUGACCAUUAUCUUGAAGCCUUUCCGAGACACAGGUUUAGAGGGUUUCCCAGUAGAGAACUUGCCGAUAUUGAGGAACUGUACAAGAAAAGACAAAUUCCACUGGAGAUGUUGACUAGCUCGUGCACACACAAAAACACAGACACACUCACUCUUAUAUAUAGGCAGACUUAUUUUGGACACAGCUCCCUCAUCAUCAAGUAUCUGAUCUGUCAUCUAAAGAACUGAUCUUGGAGCCUUUGCACUCUGCUAGGUCUCUACAGUAGCUGGUGUGGGAGCAUUACACUAUCUUGGUCUUAUAAUCCUGUUGGAGAAUCAGAGUUUGCCUGGCAGACGUAGCUUUGCCUGUCCCUGUUAUGGGAACAAUAAAGUUCCCUAGGUAUCUGGAACAUAUUUGGCAUCAAAUACACAUUUUUCAUUCACAACAGAAAGGAAAGCAAUCACAGAUGAUAAAUUAUGUACCUAAAAUUAAGAAUUUUACGUCGGUGGAAUUUGUUUGAUGUACUUGCUCUGCAAAACUGAAGUUAGGCAAGUAUCUAAGCAUUUUCUUGAAUCAGAAAUUUAAAAAGAUGCCUACCAUCUUUUUAGGUAAGAAGCAGCAGUCUGCAUCAUAUUUAAGGCAGUGAGCUUGUGAAUUCUGUGCCUCUUAUCAGCAUCUCCCACAGUAGGGAAAAAUUUUGAUAAAAAAGAAGAAAUAUAUUUUAUCCUCUUUCACCCAACUGUUAUUCAGGUACGACAGUCCUUGCUAGUUCCCAGCUGGCUUUAACCAUCAGUUUCCAUGAACCCGAGGCAGAGGCUGAAUGAACUGAAUGACCUUCUACAGCUCAGAGCCAGUUGAUAAACAUUCAGAUUAUUUCAGUUUGGACUGACAAGCAAGACACAUCCAAUUCAUGUGCAAGCUGCCAAGGGCUUCCCAGGGGAAAAAGCAGGCAUGUUUUACUUUUUCAGAUACUGUCAAUGUCCCCCCCCCCCAAACUUUCAUUUAAAGCAGGGUAAGUGUCUCCCCCUAAGACUUUCAUGACCCAGAGCACUCUUUACCUCUAUAUCAAUUCUUGGGGAUAUCACAGCAGUGUUAAGCAAUUUAGCGUUUUCUAGGGAGAGUGUCCUGUUCACUCCAUGUAAAUUCAGCAGCCACCAACUUGAGCCCAUUUAAAGUAGACCUCAAAGAACUGGAAAAUCUCUUCCUGCCACAAAGGCAACAGCUCUUUUUGAUGUUCUGCCAGGGAGAGAACUAAUCCAAUACCCCUGUAAACUAAAAGACAGAUGGCCUGGCCUUUUGCUCCAGCCACUCACUGGUGCUGGUCUCCUAGCCUAGGUCACAGCAGCACAACAACACUGAUGCCUUCUGAAAUGCUCCAGUUUCAGUCUCCUGUGUUGCCCCAUGAGUAAGCAGGAUCAGCAGAAAUAUGUUCCUGCUAAAAGGAGUAUAUCCAUCCAUAUCUGCCUCUGGCCUUGCCCUGGAGAACUCUACAAGCAAGUGAGCAAAGGUGCCUGCAGAGUCUGCAGGGGAUGAGGCCAUUCUGCUUGGCUUUGCCCUUUCUCUAUCCCUUACUUUUCUCUCUUUCCCUUGCCAUGACCACGGACUCCUUUCUUCAUCCAGCCAAACACCACUUCAGAGCUCGGGGGGGGAGGGGAGAGGGGGGAGCUGACAGCUGAUGACUUCCUUUUCAAUUUUACCUUUUUCUUUUAAUGAAGAAACAUGGCAGAAGAUGCACCACAUGCCCUGAGCAGGUGUUGCUUGUUUUUCCUCCCCAACCUUUUGGCACCUCGCAUGGGUUAUGGGCCUGUCUCCAGGUUCUUCCUCAUGCUCCAAGUGCCUCAGCUGCUUCGGAGGCAGUCAGCGCAGGCAUGCUGCCCUCCCUGCUCUGCUCUGGCAUGGGGUGCCCAGCACCCUCGUCAUGGGUGUGGACCUUCCCCUCCACCAGCACCCAGACACAGGUCACAGCACUUGCACAAGACCAAAGAGGAGCCUGGUUUGUUGUUUGGAUUCUGAUUAUCCCUUUGUCUUUCCAUGCCAUUGUUUUAUUUGCAUCUCCAGUCUGUUCAAUCUCAGGUAAUGAAGUCUUCUGUUUUUUUUUGUUGUUUUUCUAAUUGUUUUUUAUUUACACAGAAAAGUGGGUGGCUAGACACUGCAGCCAUUUUCCUUCACAGCUCCAGGACCUCUCCGGUUAGGAAAAAGAAAAAAAAUCAAAAGCCUACACCUUUUGUAGGGCAAAUAAUUUAAUUUGACAUUGACCUUUGUGAACUUACAUCUGUCUUUAGAGAAAGCCAUAUGAAAUCAGACUGCAAUAUUAAUUAUGAAUGCUACUCUGUGUUAAAAACAAAUAAAACAAGUGACUAGACCAUGUGCUAAAUCACUUUGGAGUUCUUCUGUCUAUGUUUCUAUCACCACGUGUUGGCUUAGAUCCUUUCCAACCCCUUUCCUUUGUCAAGAAAGACUAUACCAAUGCUGCUGAAUACAUCUUUUUGACAAGCUUACCGUGCAAGCAAAGGCGUUGUUAGAAAUGAGCUGUUGUGACCUCAACGUAAUGUCUUAUGUAUCUGAAACUUGUCUGUAUCUGUUUGAAUAUAUGUUAUCAAGAUACUGUUCCUUUGUGUGCUGAGUUAGUAAAAUGUUUCAGUAACUGUCUUUAAAAAAUUGCUUGUUUCUCUCUUUCUCUCACACACACAGAGCAAAACUCAACCUAGAAAUGCAUUUUCUAAUAGAAAUGCUCCUCAGCUUUCUUUAAGAUGCAUGCAGUACCAUCCAAGAAGGCAGACAAUUUAAAGUAGAGACUUUGUGAAUGUAAAUUUUAUUUGUAAUUUGCCUGCUGCUUUUUCCUGCAUGAUGUGGGUAAAUGAUAUGAUGUUCUUUUAAAAUGGAAUCACAGCCAAAAUAAAGUGAUCUCAUACA